UGAACGAACUGAGAAGCAGGAGAAACAGAAGAAUAUUUUUAUUUUAGAAAAAUGAUGUAAUGUGGCGAAAAGGAGCGUGUUUUAGGGCGAUGGAGGAGAAAGUGUUGAGAUAUCUUUUCAUGAUUAUUUGUGACGAUUACUCCUUCCACAAUCUUAGAACUCACGCUUUUGAUUGGUGUGGAUUCAUUUUACACACCAUACCAUACGUCCAAUUUUGGUUUGUUCUUCGGUAGCUUCCCGCGAAACACAACCUUCCAUGGAUUCACGCCGUUGGAUUUCGCUCAUUUCUAUGUGGAGCGUUUCCAUCUCUCAUCUCUUUCCUUUCUUCUUGUUCUUCUUCUGAAUGCCGUUGGAUUCUUCUCUUCUGCUCUUGUUGUUGCAGAAGGGAGCGCUAUUUUGCUUUUGUUUCGAUCAUGAAGGAGAAUGUAGAUUCGUCUUCACCCACUGGAAUUCUUGAAGACUACUUCAGGAGCUCAGGAUCCGAAUCAACGUCUUCCGGGGACCCCAAACCGCCUUCCUUUUGGCGUGGAAUGUUCAAAUUAUUGAGGUCAAAAUCCACCAAGCCUGUAAGUAAAUUGCAUCCUCUUAAUGUGCUUAAGCUCUCUAAAAAACUGAGCAACAGUAUGAGAGAGAGUUUGCAUCUUCACUUUCGGUUUGAUUCCAACGUCGCCAAUUUUAACUCGCCAUGGAAGAAUUUCACUCUGCCAGACCUCGAGGUUGCGACGAACUAUUUUAGCCCUGAAAAUCUGAUUGGAAAGGGUGGUCAUGCUGAGGUUUACAGGGGAUGUUUGAAGAACGGACAAGAUGUGGCCAUAAAAAGACUGACGAGAGGAAAAUUUGAUGAGAAUACUGCUGAUUUCUUGCUUGAACUUGGAAUCAUGGCCCAUGUCAACCAUCCCAAUACUGCUAAGUUAAUUGGCUAUGGAAUCGAGGGUGGAAUGCAUUUAGUUCUCCAAUUCUUUCCUCAGGGGAGUUUAGCUUCUUGGCUUCAUGGUUCGAAGGAGAAGCUGGAAUGGAAAAUUCGGUACAAAAUAGCCAAUGGAACCGCUAAGGGGUUAAGAUAUCUCCAUGAAGGAUGUCAAAGAAGAAUUAUCCACAGAGAUAUUAAGGCCGCUAACAUUUUGCUCACUGAAGAUUUUGAGCCUCAGAAAUUUGUUCAACAGAUUUGUGAUUUCGGGCUCGCAAAGUGGCUACCGAAGCAAUGGACUCAUCAUAUAGUAUCAAAAUUUGAAGGCACAUUUGGCUACUUACCUCCGGAGUAUUUAUCACAUGGUAUAGUAGAUGAGAAAACUGAUGUUUUUGCAUUUGGCGUGCUCCUAUUGGAGCUAGUUACUGGACGCCGAGCUCUCGAUUACUCUCAGCAAAGCCUCGUUUUGUGGGCAAAGCCGUUGCUGAAGAAGAACAACGUGAGAGAACUUGUUGAUCCUUUCAUAACAAACUAUAAUUCACGGCAGAUGAAUCUUGUGCUUCUUGCUGCUUCUUUAUGCAUACAGCAGUCCUCAAUUCGGAGACCUUGUAUGAGUCAGGCAUGUUCUUGUCUUUAUUAUUUCUUCAAUUCAAAACCAUCGUAUUUAACAACUGCCUUUGUCCUGCCCGUCAAAUGUUAUGUCAUGUUGCUGUUACUUUGCUCUUUUUUUAUACCAGAAACGGUUAGGAAUCACGACUCUCCACAGUGGUAUGAUAUUGUCCACUUUGAGCAUAAGCUCUCGUAGCUUUGUUUUUGUGCUUCCCCAAAAGGCCUCAUGCCAGUGGAGACGUAUUCCUUAGUUAUAAAUCCAUGAUCAUUUCCUAAAUUAAUCAAUGUGGAACUCCCUCCCAACAAUCAUCAACACAAACGUGAUGGUGCACGGGAAUUUGAGCCUCCGACCUCAAGGAGAGGAGUACAUGUCAUGUCAUAUACUAUGAGUAUAGCUCAUGUUGGAAGUGUUAGUAAAACUAAUGGCCGUUGAUUAAAGAGGUUGGAAAUGGAUAUGGUUUAAUUGUGAUGUUUGACAUAAAGAGAGCAUGGACUCCAAACAUGUGAUAUGCAGGUUGUUCAGAUCUUGAGUGGAGACCUGAGCUGCAUGAGAGGGACCAGAAAGAUCCAAAUACCUUUCCUUCGAAGAGCUUUUCGUGAAGAGUUAAUUAGAGCAGAACAGCCAAGACUGAGGGAUGUUCUUAUGGAACGUUUGUA